UCCCGGUACAGGCUGCGCGGGUGUCGCGGCGGGUUGUCCUCGCUCCCCUCACUCCCUCCCCGCGGAGAGGCGGAGUCGCCGGUUCCCCGCCCGCCCGCCCGCGACCGGCGGGCCUGUGGCCAUGCUGCGCGGAGCGGCAGCGGCGGCGGCCCGGCGGUGCGGCCCCAGCUCCAGUGCCGUCCCCGGCGGGGGGAAGGCGGCGGCUCGGGGGUGUUGCAGCGGCGCGGCGCGGCGGCGGGAAUGGGUGCCGCCGGCGGGGUGGCACAGCGGGAUCGUGGCUUACAACAGCCGGAGCCGGAGCAAGGAGCCGCUCGUACUGGCCGCGGAAGGAGUGGCGACCUGGUACAGCUGCGGGCCGACGGUGUACGACCAGGCACACCUCGGGCACGCCUGCUCCUAUGUUAAGUUUGAUAUAAUUCGAAGGAUAAUGACUAGGUUUUUUGGAAUUGAAGUUAUCAUGGUGAUGGGGAUCACGGACGUAGAUGACAAGAUAAUAAGAAGAGCCAACGAGAUGAAUAUAUCGCCAGUAGCUCUUGCUCGUAUUUAUGAAGAAGACUUUAAACAAGAUAUGGCUGCCUUAAAGGUCCUUCCUCCAACAGCAUAUAUGAGAGUGACUGACAAUAUUCCUCAGAUAAUUUCCUUUAUAAAAACAAUAAUUGCUAGUGGACAAGCCUACACAACCUCCCAAGGCAAUGUUUAUUUUGAUGUUAAGUCUUGGGGAAAAAGGUAUGGAGUAUUAACUGCUAUUUAUCCAGAUACCCAAGCUGAAGCAGCUGAUACUGAUAAACGACACAGUAAAGAUUUUGCCUUGUGGAAGGCUGCCAAACCUCAAGAGAUAUUUUGGACUUCUCCCUGGGGAAAAGGAAGACCUGGAUGGCACAUUGAGUGUUCCACAAUAUCAAGUGCAGUGUUUGGAAAGCAGCUGGACAUCCAUACUGGUGGAAUAGAUCUUGCAUUUCCUCAUCAUGAAAAUGAAAUUGCACAGUGUGAAGUGUAUCAUCAGUGUGAGCAAUGGGGGAAUUACUUUUUGCAUUCUGGGCAUUUGCAUGUUAAAGGAAGUCAAGAAAAAAUGUCCAAGUCAUUAAAAAACUACGUAACAAUUAAGGAUUUCUUGAAGAAAUUUUCGUCGGAUCAAUUCAGGAUGUUUUGUUUGCGCAGCAGAUACAGCUCAGCAGUAGAAUUUAGUGACGAGAGCAUGGAUGAUGCAAAGCACAUUCUCCAGGCAAUCUCCUCAUUUUUUAGAGAUGCAAAUGCUUAUAUAAAAGGACAGCUAGUAUGUGACCCUGUCAGAGAAGACAUACUGUGGGAAAGGCUAGCCAACACAAAAGUAACCGUGAAGGCUGCGUUUGCAGAUGACUUUGACACCUCCAGGGCUGUUGCAGCAAUUAUGGACCUCAUUCACCAUGGCAACAGACAGCUUAAGGCUGUUACUAAGGAUGCUGGAUCUCCUAGAAGCUCUGUUGUGUAUGGAAGCAUUAUUUCCUAUAUAGAAGGCUUUUUUAAUGCCCUUGGGAUGUCCUUUGGAGAAAGACAGGUGGCUCUGGGAGGAGGCAACUCAGCUGUGCUCUCUAAUGUCAUUGAUGAGCUUGUAAGGUUCCGCACGAAGGUUCGUCAUUAUGCGCUUGCUCUGCCAGAAGAAGGAGCAGAAGCUGUGCCAACGGAGGGUGCUGCGGGAACCAAAGCAAUGAAACAAGAACAGAAGCAAAAGAGGCAGCAAUUAAUGCAGGAGAGAAAACCUCUCCUGGAGGCUUGUGACAGUCUGCGUGGAGAGCUUGCUGCCUUUGGAAUCCACAUAAAGUGGAGGUAUCUGAAGGUGUGCUGUGAAGGUUGCCCAGCUCUUGCCUUUGCAAGAAGUCCCGCAAACCAAGCGCUGCAGCUCUGUGGUUCCUCGUGCACGUUCCCGGAGCCAACGUGUGACAAGACCCAGCCCUGCCCAAAGCGGAGCUCUCACCACCCUCGUGCUCAGCACGAGUCUUCUUGGCUGGGUUGGCUGUUGCCAAAAAUGCCAUGGUAAUGCAAUGCCUAGCAGCUGGGUCCUGCGUGCCUAAUAAGCACUUGAGAAAGUAAUUUGAAUUUCUUUUUUCUACCCAGCCUCUGAUUUCCAUGAAACUUUAAUGUGCCCCACGAUACGUGCAUGGUAAUGCAUCUGCUCAAGCACUCUUCCCUCUGUCAAGCGUGGCAGAAGUCAGCCAGCAACUUCUCAAGGCUGUGUGCGGGAGGAAAAGCAGCAGAACAGAUGAGGUGGACGAGCCUCAUCUCCACCUGGUGCAGACUAGGAACCCCUGGUGUGGGCCUGGGCAGGGAGGGGUUCUGAGUAGUAACAAUUCCCUUAAAAAUCAGCUUUGUAGAAAGGAUAACUUCUCCUUUAGCUGUAAGUUUCUGAUUUCUGUACAUUGCUUUCUUCUCUCGGGCUGCUCAGUGCAGAUGAUGUUGUUAGUCUGAAGUUACAGAACUUGCAACAAACUGAUUAAAAUAUCUACUGGUCUUUUCAUGGCAUUAGAGGGUGCUUGAAAUGGAAGCUCAUCUGUGCUACUAAGUGAAAUGUAGUAAUCAGGUAUUUAUGUAUCAAGAAAAGCUUUCACUUUAAUGUAAAGAAAAUUCUACAUUGUAUUCCAGCCUUUCUUGGUAGUCAGAACUCAUUUAACAUUGUCCUGUUUCAAUAUUCAGAUUAACUUACUUUCAACAACUGCAGCCGAACAGCUAGAUCUUAACAGUCAGAAGGGCUCAGUUUGACUGUCAUAUGUGACAGUAUUACAUUACAGGUGUUUACAGGGGCAGGCUACUAUCCUAAAAUUCAGGAGAUCAAAUAUGUUAGGCAGAAUAUUCUCAUGUGUUGGCCGUUCUCCAUUUACAUGAGCCAUUUAAAGAUGAAAAUUGGAUUCCUCAACUUUAACAGCAGUUACUUGCAUGAGAGAGGCCACAUGCUGCUGCAGCAGCCCACGCUACGGAGGGGACAUUUCUAUUACAGUGGGUUGUUUUUCCUUAACUGGGAAGAAUUGUCUGGGUUUGUUUUACAACUUCUGAGUAACAGUAACGGCGACGUUAAUGUGAGGUGGCAUCACCACCUCUCUUACCUACUGCCAAUUAAGGGCUUUGCUGUAUGAAGCUUGGUUAAGAACGUGUGCCUCCAAGUACGUACAGAUGUGUGGUACCUGUGUGAGCUGGAGUGCUGGGACUGACCCACUUAC